UGUCCGCUUGAGAAAAUUUAAAAUACCAGAUUUUCUUUGGUCCCUGAAUGUCACACAGGCUGUCAGCUGGAGGAAGGGAAGGUGCGUUUAGUUAGUAGGUUUCGGGAGCGCAACGCCACUCCUGCGGACGCGUUUUCUCGCGGUUCGCUCAUUCUUAGAUCCACUUUGAUUUUUUUUCUUCAUUUUUUUUUAAAUUAAAUCUUUUCUUUUUCUAAGGAUAAACGCUUCAGCGAAAUCUAACGUUUAUGGUCCUGGCUGAAGAUUUCACCAUGUCUCGCACCGACGAGGUUCACCGCAUGACGGAAAAUGUCUAUAAGACUAUUAUGGAGCAGUUUAACCCUUGCUUACGGAACUUCGUCGCAAUGGGGAAAAGCUAUGAGAAGGCCCUUGCUAAUGUGACAUUUGCUGCAAAAGGCUACUUUGAUGCACUGGUUAGGAUGGGAGAACUGGCCAGCGAGAGCCAAGGAGCCAAAGAUUUGGGGGAUGUGCUGUUCCAGAUGGCUGAAGUCCACAGACAGAUCCAAGUGCAGCUAGAGGAGAUGUUGAAAUCCUUCCACAAUGAGUUGCUGUCCGAGCUGGAGAGGAAAGUUGAGCUGGAUGCCCGAUAUCUAACUGCCGCCUUGAAGAAAUACCAGAUGGAACAUAAGAGCAAAGGAGAGAGUCUGGAGAAGUGCCAGGGCGAACUGAAGAAGCUGCGCAGGAAGAGCCAAGCCAGCAAGAACCCCUCGAAGUACGGCGAGAAAGAGAUGCAGUUUGUGGAGACCAUCAGCAGUAAGCAGACGGAGCUGGACACCUUCAUCGCCGAGGGCUACAAGACAGCCUUGUCAGAGGAGCGUCGCCGAUACUGCUUCCUUGUUGACCGACAGUGUGCUGUGGCCAAGAACAGCAGUGCCUACCACGGCAAGGGUAAGGAUCUUUUAACCCAGAAGAUUCCAGUGUGGCAACAGGCCUGCUCAGACCCCAACAAGCUGCCAGACAGGGCCGUUCUGUUGGCCCAGCAGAUGGGUUCUGCCGCGCUUGCAGGCACAAGUCCCCUCCACUCUUCCAAAUCUAACCUGGUCAUCUCAGACCCCAUCCCUGGGGCCCAGCCUCUUCCUGUUCCACCAGAACUGGCUGUCUUCAUGGGUGGUGGCCUAGGACAUGCAGGGAGGCUGAUGGGUCCAGAUGGGAUGUCCAUGGUGAAUGGGACAACAGGAGUCCACGGGGAGGAGUACUGGACAGAUGGGGGGACGAUGUCGGUGUCUGCUGUUAGGCCUUCAUCCCCUCAAACCCAACCACCGGGCCAGUCCCAGGCUCAGCCUCAGAGACAGGUCAGCGACGUCUACUCCAACACUCUGCCUGUCCGCAGGCCCGCCCCUGCCAAGAAUAAAAACCCAGUGGGCGAGACAAGGACCCUGCCAAGGUCCAGUUCCAUGGCAGCGGGACUGGAGAAAAACGGCCGCUCCCGUGUUCAGGCCAUCUUCUCCCAUGCUGCAGGAGAUAACAGCACCCUGCUCAGUUUCUCAGAGGGAGAUGUCAUCACCCUGCUAGUGCCUGAGGCCCGCGAUGGCUGGCACUAUGGAGAGAAUGAGAAAAACAAGAUGCGCGGAUGGUUCCCAUUCUCCUACACGCGUGUGCUGCCUGAAAGUGACGGCGACAAGCUCAGAGUGAACCUACACCAUGGGAAAAGCAGCAGCACGGGGAACCUGUUAGAGAGCGAUCCAUCAGUGCCCACACCUGACUAUGGCCUGACUGCCCGACUGCUGGCCCAGAGCCUCGCACAGACCCGCCCACGCCCAUACAGCAUGGCAGGCUUUGCCCCUCAGCCUGCUGUGGAGGAUUACGACAGCCGCUUUGCCACAAGUGACAGUCCUGAUGGCAAAUUGAUUUCGACUGUGUGAGAACAGACUUACAGACAGUCAGACAGCUCCGGAUAGCACAGGGGCCUCUCCCCACCCACCCGUCUUUCCUUAGCCUCCCCCUCUGUCCCAACUCUUCUCCUUGUGCCUCCACACAAACCCCUUCUCCGAAUGGAAGAGGCCAGUUUCAUCCCUCCUUUCUGUCCUCUCUUCCUCCCCGGGUCCCUACUUUCUCCUCUUCUCCUUCCUGGGGGCUGCUGCUGGUGGCGUCGGUGUGGACAGUAGCGGUUGGUGGUUGGAGGAUUGCAUUGAGCGGGAGAGCCAGAGCGGGGCCUACCUGCUCAGCAUGCACCGAUAUGGACUUUGAAUACUCUUUCUGAUCAUAGUCCACCAUCACGGACUGAUCAAUGAAGAGACUGCCUUUGCUACUGCUCGUCUUUCAUGCAUGUACAUGGUUGUGUCAUUUUGUCCAAACUAAAAAGACAUGUUCAUGUACUGUACAAGUGCCAAAAGACUUCAGUGUCAUUGUAAUUGAUCCACUGACUGAAUGGCCUUUCUUAAGCACACGGGGGCCCAAUGCUAUUGAGGUCACACCAACCAGACCUGUUCAAAAAAGCUUUGUUCCAGCUUGAGCUGAGCUGCAGCUUAUGUUUUUGUUCCGACGGAUCCCAUAAAGUCCUACUGUGCUUCCUCGUGUCAGUGCUACACUUCUGUCCAGAGAGGGUGUCAUGCAGUAUUUGCCUUACUUUAAUUUAUUUUAUUUAUUGUUCCUAUUCAACUCAAAUGAUGUGCAAUGAAGCAGACUUUAAAAGCUUUUGAAUUAUACAAUAUUUAAUUAUGAAUAUCAAAAUAAAUUUCUUCAGUUAGUCCACAAAUUUGCUCAUUCCUUAAAGAAUCCUCAGUUAAUCUGUCCAUAUGUUUUUUUUGCCAUUUCUGGCUGAACUUGCUGCUGGAUUUUAGUUUUUUUCUAAUUACAAAGCCUUGUUUAAAUAUUCUGCAUUUUCGUUCUUUUAGGUUUUUUUUGUUUUUUUUUUUCCCCUGAUGCUUUACCUGGAAAACCGUCUGUUCAGCUGUGAAUUAGUUGAAAUUUUAACCUCAGCUUUUGCAGCUAACUGUGUUAUUUAUAAUUGUAUUCCCUGAGUGAUUCUGUAGUUUUUAAUUUAUUUAUUCUUUUUGGGGUCUUUUUUCCUCAGUAAAAAAGGAAAAUAAAAUAAUAAUAUAAAACACUGUCUUUGUAAAAUAUUUCCAGAAAUGAUGAAAACCUGCUGAGUAGUUGAAAUGUUUAUCUUAUGCAUGCCGUGGAGGAAAACCAGAAAAUGUGAUGCUAAAUAAUGACUUUGAAUGUAUGGUGAAUUUUUACAAAGGUACUCUAAAUAAAACUUAUAUCUAUAUAUUAAUAAACA